UGUCUGGUUCUUUAGUGCUACGCCGGUCGCCGCAGGCUUCGCUAUGGAAAUUUUAAUUUGGUUUAGACUGGUCUUCUUCGCCUUUUUGGUGACUUCAACGUUGGCAGGCAAUGGAACGGAUCUCCUUAAGUCCAAUUCGAACUCCGGCAGUAGAGGAGUAACCUAUAUGCACGAUAAGAUUCACCUAUUACAUCGCCAAAAGCGAUGGCUAACCUUUGAACUGGGUUCUGCAAUGACGCUCACAGCCAAUUGCGCCAAGGCCGUUCUGGACACCAUACCCAGAGGAUUACUUUGGCUGGCUGAGAUCACGAGCCUUUAUGAGUUACCGGCAGCCAUUGAAGAUUGGAUACCACGGCAUGUAGGCAAGCCAAAGGUGAAACCUCCACCUCCUCCUCCACCACCACCUCCACCACCACCACCUCCACCACCGCCACCACCAUCAGCGCUUGGAUCCCCAGUUGGGUUUCAACCACAGCCCGUGAUUGUGCCUCUAAAUCCCGCGGAUCCCAUCCAGUCCUUUUACUUUGCCUACCCGCAAGGCAUUCCCACCUUGAGUCGUCGGAAGUCCUAUUCGCAGCAAAUGCAAAUGGGAUGUCCAGCCUCGCACUUGGUUAAGGAUAUGUAUGGGACCUACUACUGCCGACCCUCUGCCAUGUCCCGCAGGCUUAGACGAGAGCUCGAGAGCCAGGGAACCACAGUGAUCAACCAGGCGCAGAGUCCGCACGGCAUGCUCUUCGACAUCGUGUCCAUAAUGUCCACCAUGUUUAAUUACCAGCCCAGCUACUGCAUCAUGCGGACCCUGUGCGAGGCGCGUCAUCUGCUGGCUCCGCCGGGCUUAACGCUCUUCCACGAUAUCUUCCGCAUCAUGCUGCGCUACGUGCAUCCGGAGAUAGCCCAUAAGCCCAAGUAUCGGGAGGCCUUCACCGCCGGCCACUCGCUCCACGAAUGCGCCAGUUUGUACGGACCGCAUUGUCGGCAGAGUUUUUUGCUGCUCAUCAGCGAACGAUUCCAAGAGAAAAACGCGCGUUGAUUAAAUAAAAGCGAAA